AUGGUGGAAGGAAAAGGAGAGGACGUAGAGCUUAUACAUUUGUGGUCCACACCAAUGUCACUUAGCACCAGCCUAUUGUACUCGUUUGCGCAGAGAGAUGAUAUGGAAGUUCUUGAUGAACCGCUUUAUCCAAAUUUCCUACGUGUUACUGGAGUAGAAAGGCCAUACCGAGAAGAGCUCCUAUCAAAGAUGGAAUCAGAUGGGAAUAAGAUCGUGAAGGAGAUCAUCCAUGGCCCUGGACAAAAGAAGUAUCGAUUCUGUAAGAAUAUGGCUAGUCAACGAGUGCCUGAUCUAACCGAUGAGUUAAUGAGGAAAGGAAAGCACUGUGUAUUGAUAAGAAAUCCCAUUGAUAUUUUGCCAUCCUUUGACAAGGUCUCACCCCCAUCAUUCAUGGAGAUGGGGUAUGCUAGCUUAGUCUCCAUUUACAGCGAGCUGUGUGAACUAGGAAAAUCUCCUCCCAUCAUUGAUGGAGCCCUACUUCAAGAAGAUCCCGAGGGUACUUUGCGUGGUCUAUGUGAAGAUCUUGGUAUUCCAUUUCAAGCAGCGAUGCUCAAGUGGGAAGCAGGGCCAAAAGCAUUUGAUGGCAUUUGGGCCCCCUACUGUUAUAAAACUACACAUAAAUUGACAGGCUUUAAAUCUCCAAGCAAGUAUCCUGCGCCUUUUCCACCCACUUUGUACAACUUGCUGGAGCAAUCUUUGCCUUUCUAUAACAUGCUUAAGCACCAUGUGAAUCGGAGUGGUAUAAUAUCCCUCCAGCCUAAACUUCCUGAUCCUGCCAAUGAGAAGUUGCUUGUUUGGGUUGGUAAUGAGAUUGUGCCCCGUGAAAGUGCAAAGAUUUCAGUUCUAGACUCUGUUGUCCAAGGUGGCGAUGCAGUUUGGGAAGGGCUUCGAGUUUAUAAUGGGAAGAUAUUUAAACUAGGGGAGCAUUUAGAUCGGUUGUUAGACUCCGCAAAAGCUCUAGCCUUUAGCAAUGUACCAACUCCCGAACAGGUGAAGGAUGCCAUAUUUAAAACUCUAUUAAGGAAUGGGAUGUUUGAUGACACACACAUUAGACUCACUCUGACACGUGGAAAGAAGGUAACUUCUGGAAUGAGCCCAUCAUUAAACCUUUAUGGAUGUACAUUAAUCGUGCUUGCUGAAUGGAAGCCCCCAAUCUAUGAAAAUGAGAAGGGUAUAACAUUGGUUACGGCAACCACACGCCGUAAUUCACCAAAUAAUUUGGAUUCAAAAAUUCACCACAACAACCUUCUUAACAAUAUCCUUGCCAAGAUAGAAGGGAAUAAUGCGAGUGCUGAUGAUGCUAUCAUGCUUGAUAAAGAUGGCUACGUUUCAGAAACAAAUGCGACAAACAUAUUUCUAGUGAAAAAGGGCCGUGUAGCAACACCUCAUGCUGAUUACUGUCUUCCGGGCAUAACACGGGCAACAGUCAUGGACCUUGUAACGAAGGAAGGGUUAGUUUUACAAGAGCGGAAUAUAAGUUUAUCAGAGUUCCAUACGGCAGAUGAGGUAUGGACUGUAGGAACUAUUGGAGAGCUCAGCCCAGUUGUUAAGAUUGAUGGUCGCACAGUAGGUGAUGGCGGUGUGGGACCUGUGACUCGAAGAUUGCGAAGUGCUUUCGAAAAGCUAACAGCAGAGUCAGGGAGACGUUUCGUCGUAAUUGUUCUUCUUUCGUAUUCUCUCUUGCUCAAAUUGUCGGCGAACUGUGCUGAGUUCGACUAG